GUGAUGCCUGAUAACCCGUAAUAGGAUGUUUGAUGAUUUUAUCCGCAUGUAGCGGGACACAGUGACCCUGAAGUGAGUCGGGGUGAUUUUAUUCCUCUUGUUGUUGAGUAUCGGGGUGGUUUUCGGGCUGAUGGGGGCCGCGGACAGCAGGAGCAGAUCGGUGUCGUUCGGACUGGAUGAACAGGACAAUGUCAGGGUCCUUCACGGAGUUCAGUUGUCCGGUGAUGUUCUUCAGCGGAUGCGGGAGUCUGGACCAUCAUCAUCAUCAUCAUCUAAACCAGAGAGUGCCAAACCUGAAGCAGGGCCAUCUGCAGCAGAGACGCAGGAGGAGCUCAGAAGACGGUUCGAGCGUGAGCAGGCUCUGGUCCAGGAAGAGUUGGCCCGGAUCAGCCGUAGAGAGAGAGAGAUGGCGGGAGACGACAUGAACCCAGCGGCGCUGAGAGAGAAAGCAAAGACACGCCAGGAACCAGACGAAACACACAACCUGCCGGAUGAGUUGAGUGUUCGGGCCCGACAGCUGAAGAAGAAAGAAGAUGAGCUGAAACAUCUGGCACAGUUUUACAAGAAGCAACUACAACUGAUGGAGAAGAAGAAUACUGAAUUCUAUCAACAGAGUCUACACAUGUACCAGCAGGAGGCGCUCAAAGCAGAGGCCACCGUUAAGCCUCGUCACCUGAGUCCCGUCUGUGCUGAGCUGCAGUCGCAGGUGUUGAGCUGCUACAGACUGAACAGACACCAGACGCUGCACUGCUCACACCUGGCCAAAGACUACAUCAACUGCAUCAACACCUCCAAGAAGAACUUGCUGUUGAAUCACGGAUGAAGAUGAUGGUUGGUGCUGAAGAAGAGGAGCAUUGUUAGAGGAUGUUUGUGUGUGUGUGUGUGCGGUAUCAGGAUUGUGUUGGUUUGUUGAGCUGAUCUUCAUUUACUGUGAGCAAAUAAAGUCUCUUCAGCGUCUGUUUCUCUCUUCAGUC